UCACUCCUCUGUCGCUGUCUUUUCCUCCUUUAGAGCCUCUGAGCUGAAACAUGAGCUCCUUUUUGACUCUCUCGACAGGGCAAAGGAUGCCCAUAGUCGGUCUAGGCACUUGGAAGAGUGCUCCAGGACAGGUGAAGCAGGCUGUGCUGGCAGCGUUAGAUUGUGGAUACAGACACAUUGACUGUGCUGCUGCGUACAGCAAUGAACAGGAGGUGGGAGAGGCUCUGAAUCUCAGGAUCGGCCCUGGUAAGGCUCUGCGUCGUGAGGAGGUGUUCAUCACAUCCAAACUGUGGAACACCAAACAUGAACCAGAGGACGUUGAAGAAGCCUGCAGGACCAGUCUGGCUCACCUGGGCCUCUCCUACCUGGACCUGUACCUCAUGCACUGGCCCAUAGGAUUUCAGCAGGGGAAGGAGCUGAUGCCUCGAAGAGAAGACGGCAGUAUCUGUUACUCUGAAACUCACUACAGAGACACCUGGGCAGCCAUGGAGGGCCUGGUGGACAAAGGUCUCGUCAGAGCUAUAGGACUGUCCAACUUUAAUGCUCGCCAGACUGAUGACAUCAUCAGCAUGGCCAGACACAAACCCGUGGUUAACCAGGUGGAAUGCCACCCUUACAUGUAUCAGGCCGAUCUGCUGUCCCACUGUCGCUCAGUUGGGGUUUGUGUGACAGCCUACAGUCCUUUGGGGAGCGGGGACAGACCCUGGGCCUCUCCUGAUGAACCAACUCUGCUGCAGGAUCCUCGACUGGGAGCCAUUGCACACAGGUACCAGAAGACACCUGCCCAGGUCAUACUCAGGUGGCAUGUUCAGAGGGGUGUUGUGUGUAUCCCCAAAAGCGUUACCCCCUCCAGGAUCCAGCAGAAUCUGCAGGUGUUAGACUUUUCCCUGUCAGAGGAUGACAUGAAGCUGAUCGAAUCCUUUAACCGAAAUGUGCGCUUCAUCGUCCCAGCAGUUGAGAGAGAUGGCAAAAGAGUGUGGAGAGAUGCAGAACAUCCUCAUUUCCCCUUCAAUGAUCCUUACUGACACACAAAAAGGACAACUUUUGUUUCAGAUUCAAUUAUGAUAAAUGUAAUAAAUGUAAGCUUAUUUUAAUUUCUCACUAUGGAAUGAAUGGCAUUUAUCUUAUCAGGAUUUAAAGUGGCUUAAUUUGUCAAACUGAUGCUUGGAACUUGUAUGUUUUCAGUACUUCAUUACUGAGAUGGCAAUGAAUACAGAGGGUGACUUUUAGUGACACUGUGUGGUUGGUGACAGAACUGCCUCUGCCUAAAUGAUGCUAACUUUGAUCAUAGAGCCCCUGUGUCUUUAAGAGAUUAAGGAUUAAAGAUGUUUCACUGUUUCAGAGCUUUCAAUCAUGUUUUACUUGUGAUCAAAACCAGCAAACCACAAACUCUCUUUGUAAGGAACAAUUAAAUUCACAAUUAUUGUAAGGUGAUCAGUCCAAUAAUUUAAAAGCAUGCCUUUUCUGUUUUGUUCCUCACCAGUUACUACACCAUAUUAAAAAAAAAGGAAUGAUCAGAUGUGGAUUUUCUGCAUCAUUAUCAAAGUUUUUCACAUUUAUUUGCUUCAUAUGAACCUAAGAUGGACUUGAACUGAGAUGUAUGUAAGAAUAAAGAAAGCUAAAGUGAAACUGUACAAUAACUGUCUCAAUAAAGACCU